AUGACAGCGCGGCUAGUGUGGUUCCAAUUUGUUGACCGAGAAGGUGUGACGAUGACUAGGGUGGACUAUGUGCUAGAAACAAAUGCGGUAGCCUUUUUCCUGGAUGCAGCCUACUCUAAAGUGAAAGCCCAGUGCUGUUGGAUCCCAGAACUCAUCCCCGCAGACCUCAGAGCGUUCACCAACGAGGACGUGCGCACAAGACAGCAGCCGUUGGAUAUGGAGGAAGAUUUGGCCUGCUAUGGAAUUGGCACUGCCAGUUCUGUUGUUGUGGAAGUGCCAAAGAUCUGGAUUCAGUUGGUGGCAACCUACUCUGCCACUGCCUUCGAAGGUACCCGUGCUGCUUGGCUCCCUCUACGUGAAGAGUGCACCGUUGAGCAGCUAAAGCAUGCCGUAAAAAGGGAAUACCAGGACUCUUACAUGAAAGGUAUACUUGUGAGCGAACUCGGCAUCUACAAAGACAGCACCAAGAUGCCCCCUCUUGCUGAAAAGCAAAAUUGGGAUCAGGUGGUCAACAAGCGAACAGUCCAAUUUUGGUGCAAGCAGUCAGGGACGGGCACAGAGGCUGUGCUGGCUGCGAUCGACAAAGUGAUGGCCUUCAAUUUACAGGCGAGCGGCUCUUGUGGUGUAUUCUACUUGCCGUGCACCGGUCCUGGAGAGAGCGAAGUGCACAAUGCGUUCAGUUCGCGAACGGCAGCGUUUAUCGGUUGCGUCGACGAAGAUGUAAAAAAAAAACUGGAACAAGGAUCUGUGUUUGAUUUCUACAUGGAACCAAAUCUCCAACUGUACAGAUUCAUCGUCGCAGCACUUAGCGGCGAAGGACGUUUCCAUGGCCAGGCCUCUCGUAUCGAUUUUUCGCGCGUGAAGGAUACUCUUAACCUUAUCGACGGCCACUUUGGCUGCCUUGAGGAUUCUGAAUCGUUUGACCUCUACCUAGGUUGGAGUGGUCUGCUGAAAGGCAGCGAGAAGUGGGGGUACAUCGGUAGAUUCCAACGAAUGGAGAAUGAUAUUUUGCUGUAUAUGACUCUGAUGGGAGAUCAUAAACUGGAACAGAGCACACUACGGCCAUUGCAUGCCCCAGUGCACAUGGUGCUGAAAGAUACGUUUUUCAGGGAUGGAAGUAUCAUUAAUUCUGUAACCAAGUCCAAUAAUGGUCCGAAUCUGGAAACCCUUCUGGCUGGUGCGGUCGUUCUUGCUAGUCAUCGUGGCCAGUUUGGUGGAGCUAAAUUCCCUGAAUUCUUAGGUUCAGAAUCACAGCAGAAACGCAAGCGCAGCGAUGAUAACGAGUCUCUGUCGGAUUUUCUGGUGAGAACGAAUCUGCAAUUUUCUGACUUUUAUCGCAUUUCGAAAAAUGGCGUGUUGAUGGAAUUCAAGGAGCUCAUGGAAGCUAAAUCCCCAUCAGCAGUGGCGUCUCCAGUAAAGAGAUAG